CUCUCUCUCCCCCACAAGAAAAAGCCUCGACCACCUAACGAUAAUGGUGGCUAUGAGAUCUCCGUCUUUUCUCCGUCGUGUUUCUCACCGCCGAUUAUAAAAUACUUAUCUACUACCAUCUCCUUGUCGGAAACGGCGAGCUAAGUCGAUUAGGGUUUUAAUUGAGAAGAAAUAAAAAGGAUAUUUUGGUAUGGAGGUGAAGGAAUCGAAGAUAGAUAUGGAUGAUUCAGUCAAUAAGGAGAUUGGGGAAUUACCAAAAGAUAUGCCUUGUACUAGUAACUAUGAGGACCAUAGUUUUCAUAAUCAUGUUGAAGAAGAUGUCACUGAGGAUCUUCCUUGUGGUGGUGAUGAUAUUGAUGCUGAUGCUUCUAUUAAAAAAGAGGUUGCAGAGUUCGACGAGGACGAGGUUGAUAUAUUGGAAUGCAAUGAUAACAUUGAGAUUCAAGUCUCAGGGUGUGAUGAUGGGACUGAUGGAUAUUCGAGUUCGUUUGGUGGAACGGAUUCUGAACAUGAGAAUGAUCAAGAAGUUGACUCCAUGAUUUGUAAUGAGACUUCACUUCCUCUUUGGGUGAGAAAAAGGAAGCUGACUGAUCAUUGGAGGAGGUUUGUACAGCCUACUUUAAUGUGGCGUUGCAAAUGGAUUGAACUCAAAUACAAAGAACUUCAGAACCAAGCACAGAAGUACGACAAAGAAGUUGAAGAAUAUUACCAAGCCAAGAAGUUGGAGUUAGAAAAUGUCAAAUCAGAAGAACUUGGAGUAAAGGCUUUACCUCCUCUUCCAUGUUAUACUCAGAAAACCCGACUCAUGAAGAGGAAAACGAGAAAGCGAGUUGAAGAGACCGCUGAUGUUACAUCCUAUGCAUCAAACCAUAAUCUCUUCUCUUAUUAUGAUUGUCGGAAAUCUUUGGCCGAUAUUGCUCUUAAUGACAACUCCCGCAACCUAGAUAAGAAGAAUAAGAGCGCCAAGGAUGAGACAGCUUUCUCUGAAGAGACACCGCCUCUCGAGUUUAGAGAAGGCGAUGCGUACUUGGAACAGAUACUUUUGAAAAUUGAAGCAGCAAAGUCAGAAGCCCGUAACUUGAAGAUCCGCGUAGACAAGGUUUUGAGUGAAAAUCCAAGUAUAUUCCCUCUGGCUAACACAGUGAAUCCACUUGGAGCUGCUGAUGUAUACACCAGCUCAGAACAACAAAAGCCCCUGCUGGCUAUCAAAAACGAAGAUGAGAAAUCGAUCAUCUCUGAAGAAAAACCGGUGAAAUCUGCUUCAGUUUCAUCUCAUCACGUCUCACCUGAAGACGACGAGACAACAGAUAUUUUACUGUCUGAGAUUCUAGCAUCAAAGCGAAGGGAAGGGAAAUCUAUUAUUCCCGAUAAGAAUCUAGUGAAGACAGAACAAGCUUCAAUUGAGGAAGGUCCAUCAAGACCUGUAAGUUUUCCGCUAACUCAGUGUAACUUUGCUAAACCCUUUUGGUCUCAUAUGCCAUUCUAACACAACGCAGGUAAGGAAAAGAACACCGCGCAAUCGUGAAAUCAUUACGAAGGAAGAGAGUAACCCAAAGAGGCGUCGGGUUUCAAGAGAGAAGCCAAAGUCUAAUGCUGUGAUGGCUUCUAGGUUUUCCAACAGGAAGAGAAAGCGAGGAAAACGAAGGUCAGGCUCUGCCGGGUUACGAAGAAGAUCCUGAAGAAGGUUUGGAAACUUUCAAGUAACUAAUCGGAUCUUGUGUUAAAAAGUAAAAAUUGUUCAUUCUAAGAUAUUCUUAACUCUUAAGCCUUUAAAGUACAAAGAAAUAUUUAUAGUGGCUGUGUUUUGAUUCUUCAUGUCAACAAUAUAUUCAAACUACAUCAACUUUUGAACUUUACUUCUAUAAUUUAGAGUGUAUAUAUUUUUCUCUAUUUUGUAUUAUCAAUCAAUCAUGUUUUAU